UCAAAAUUUGAAAUUUGAUAUCAGAGAAACAACAAUGGCGUCGAAAUCAGAUAUGAAGGGUUUCUAUAGGCAAAUGAAGAAGAAUGGAGGAAUAACAAAGCCAACAACGAAGAAAUCGGUAACUCCAAAGCUUCCGGCUGCUCGCGGCUCGAACAUUUCCCAGUCUCCGAAGCUCAUCUCCCAUGGAUCUCCCGAUCUGCAAGCUGACGAUUAUGAUGGGAAAGAGGAGUUAUUAAGGCAAUUUGACACGAAUAUGACUUAUGGGCCGUGUCUUGGAUUGAGCAGACUUGAUAGAUGGGAGCGUGCUAAGAAUCUUGGUUUAAACCCUCCUAGAGAUGUUGAGCCCAUCUUGAGAUCCAGCAAAGUUUGCAACGAAUGCCUGUGGGAUGGAAUGGUUUAACUUUGUUUUAUGUUAUAAUCGUAAUAGCUCUUAUGGUACUUUGUUUUCCAUUUCUGUUCGCGGUGGGGUGGAUCUUGUUCCGGGGUAAAAAGUGACAGCAUCUAGCUGUAUGGUAGAUGUCUAAUUCACCUUACUCCUAAUAUAUAAGUUUCUUUGAAGUUAGUUGUGUCUUUUGUUUGAUGAAUUUGCUGCUGAAAAAAUGCAAUGUCUCUGAAGGCCUACUUGACACAAAUACUUGUUUUUCUCAUUCAUUAUGAUCUUAUGUUCUAUUGGUGA